AUUUCCUUUCCUUUCCGAGCUGGAGCAGAGCAGCCGCCAUGAGUAUGCUCAGACUUCAAAAGAGGCUCGCCUCCAGCGUGCUGCGCUGCGGCAAGAAAAAGGUGUGGCUGGAUCCAAAUGAAACCAAUGAGAUUGCCAAUGCCAACUCCCGUCAGCAGAUCAGAAAGCUGGUUAAGGAUGGUCUGAUCAUCCGUAAACCAGUGACUGUACACUCUCGUGCCCGAUGCCGCAAGAACACCCUUGCACGUAGAAAGGGCAGACAUAUGGGCAUUGGUAAGAGAAAGGGUACUGCCAAUGCUCGUAUGCCUGAAAAGGUGUCUUGGAUGAGGAGGAUGAGAAUUCUUCGCCGCCUGCUCCGUCGUUACCGUGAGUCCAAGAAGAUCGACAGGCACAUGUACCACAGCCUGUACCUGAAGGUCAAGGGUAACGUGUUCAAGAACAAGCGUAUUCUCAUGGAGCACAUCCACAAACUGAAGGCAGACAAAGCUCGCAAGAAGCUCUUGGCUGACCAGGCAGAAGCUCGCAGAUCCAAAACAAAGGAGGCAAGGAAGCGCCGUGAGGAAAGACUUCAGGCCAAGAAAGAGGAGAUCAUAAAGACACUCUCAAAAGAGGAGGAGUCCAGCAAGAAAUAAAUGGUGUACCCAUAACGUGUAUAUAGAGUACUGCCCUGUGCAAGCUCAAUAAACCAUCCUCUACCCUCCUGUGUGUGGUCUGCAUGUGGUUUACACAUCUCCAUAGUUCAGAGGGAAUGUCUUGUGUGUCGGAUAUUGUUUUCAGACAAUUAAACGUAACUCUGCCCUAGAUACUAA